AUGGCCAAGAAUGUAUCGGAAUCACUUGAAACUAUUGAAUUAAUAAUGGAUUAUGAAAAUCCAUGGAUAUUUAGUGCUAGUAGUUUAAGAAAACUGUUUGAAGGGUGGUGUUGUAAAGGAGGAGGAGGAAAUAGAAAGAUUAUUGUAAAGCGUCCAGGACCGCCACUAUUUAAAUUAAGUGAUGAACAUUUUAAAGUUAUUGAAGACUAUGGAGUUCAAUUUGAUAUACUAGGAUCACGGAAGAAUAUGACGUAUACCUCACCUAUUCCAAUUAAUAGUUAUCAUGGAAUAGCAUUAGUUCACAUUACGAAGUAA